AUGCGAUCUACUAAGGUAUAUGAAUUUUUAAUUUUAAAAUGAUUUGAAUUGCAGAUGUGAAUAAUGAUUUUGCCUCAUUAUGCAAAUAUGUUCAUACUAAACAAAAAUUGCUUUCCUUCGUUUAGUCGAAUGAUCUGUUUAAGAAAUUCGUUGUGAAGACUACUGGCAUACAAAUAGAUGCCUAUACAAAAACCGCUACUGAGGCUGCGCAUGCGAAGUUUAUCAGCAUCUACUUGCUAUAUCGUGGCAAACUUCAAGAAUUUUCGUCUGGUGCUAAAUCAGAAAUGGUCGAGGUAGAGGGACCAACCGACGAUUUACAAGCCCGAUUUCUUGCUUGGUUUACCACUCGAAACGGAAAACAACAAAUAAUCUUGCAGUCACAAUAUGUGAAGCGGGCAAGUUCUAUUAUUGUGUUAUUAGGGUAAGAACAAUUCUAUUUAUUGUAUGUUUUAUUUCUAUUAAGUAAACGUAUUGGCUUAUUGCAUUUUUUAAUCCCCCCCCCCCAUGUGGAGGACUUCCAUUUUUGGAUCUCCUUCCUUGGAAUUCUGCAGAUGUUGAUGAAUUCUCUUCCCACCCCAUGGAAUUCUGCAGAUUUUUUACAAAUUUCCAGCUACUGUACCCCAUGGAAUUUCCACAGAUUUUUAAUGAAUUUCUACUCAUCCUUGGAAUUUCCAUCGAUGGUUUUUGACCUAUUCGCUGGAAUUUCCCCAUUUUUUGUUUACUAGGUAACUACUGUAUCCCUUGGAACAUCCCGUGGAAUGCCCCUGUCCCCCCCCCCCCACCUUUAUGGAAAAUUGAUGAAUUUUUAUGAAGAGGGCUAAAAACAGCCAUAUAAUAUAAUCCAGACAGUUUUGCUCUUCAAUCAAGAUAUAGCAUGGUUUCUCAUGAAAUUUGGAUAAACAUGCACUCGUAAGUUUUUCAAACACCCUGUAUAUCACGAGCCCUAAUUUUGUGGUCUUUGAAAAACUCACUCGUGUAUGUUAUAUCCAAAUUGCACUCGAAGCCAUGCUAUUACCUAUGCUUACAAUCAGAAAAAAUGAAGCAAGGUUUCCAACCAUUGUGAACAAGUCAUCUUCAAUGGCAUGAAAUAGUCUUGCUACCCUAUCUAUCUUGUCUGUGUGCUGCAAACAAAUCGAUCUUUAUUUAGAUAUAUAUAUUAUAUAUAUAUAUAUAUAUAUAUAUAUAUAUAUAUAUAUAUAUAUAUAUAUAUAUAUAUAUAUAUAUAUAUAUAUAUAUAUAUAUAUAUAUAUAUAUUGACACUCUUUUAUAUUGGUCACCCUUAUAUGUUCACAACAAUUAUGACUAAAUUGCAACCAAGCUUAAUCUGUUCAACUUGUAAUCAUUGUGCAAUUGUCAUUUCCUUUGCCAAAUGAAUAAAGGAACUGGUGUAAGUGGAUUGUUAACAUACUGAUUCUGUUCUAGGCAUUUCUACCAGUGAAUUCUUCAUUAAAUGUGACACCAACAUCAUCAUUAAAUGUGACAAAUACGACAAUGGGUGAAUUAUGCAGUGUGUCUGGUGAUCCUGUUAAAGAUAUUUUGCAGCAGAUUUUUGGGCACCAAUCGUUUCGAAAGGGGCAAGAAGAAGCCAUAACAACAAUAAUGAAAGGAUUAGAUACUCUCCUUGUUAUGCCUACUGGUGGAGGUAAAACAUUAUGUUAUGCAAUUCCUGCUGUAAUAUCGAAAGGGAUCACCAUAGUCGUAACCCCAUUAUUGGCUUUAAUGGAUGACCAAGUAAAGAGGUUAAAGCAAAAAAUGUCUGUUUGCUACAUUAACUCAAUGAUGCCAGAAGAUGAGAAAGAUAUUGUUCUUCACUGUCUUUCUCAAAAGGAUAUCCCCUAUGAUAUACUGUUCAUUACUCCUGAAGCAUUGCUUGCCCCUCAACUUCAAGCAAUUGUAAAGAGAAUGUCAGAGGCAGGAACAUUAUCAAGAAUUGUUGUGGAUGAAGCCCAUUGUGUGGACACAUGGGGGAAUGACUUCAGACCAAGUUAUUCAAACCUUUCUAUUUUUAAAGAACAUAAUGUUCAAAUAGUUGCAUUUACUGGAACUGCAACUGAAGUUACUGCUCAGCGUAUUAUUGAUAGCCUAAAACUUGCUAAUCCAACCAUAUUGAGAAUGUCUUUGGAUAGACCAAAUUUGGUUUUUAAAGUUUUAGAAAAAAAGGAAACAAAGUCUAUGGAAUGUGUCUGA